CCUCUAUUUGCCUCCGCUUUUUAUAUAUAUUUUUUUUUUCUUUUAUCGUUAUGGAAUCAUUCCCAUCCUUUCAUUUUGACCUGGCUUUACAUCCAACAAAAGACACCAUCAAAUUAAUAACUUCAUUAUUGGAAAAGGUGAUAAGUGUAAACGAUGCUUUACAAACGGAUAGUUCAUCAUCCACCAUAGAACAGUCUGAUAGACGUCGUUUAUCUAGUUCCAACAUUUAUACUUGUUUUCACGCCCGAUCCGUUCCCAGUAUCUCGAUCCAUGCCUAUCUUACUCGUAUUUUGAAAUAUUGUCCUUGUGCAAAUGAAUGUUUUUUGGCUAUUUUGGUUUAUUUUGAUCGUAUGGCAAAACCUCACCCUCCCUCUCGGACAAUGCCAUUACGUAUUGAUUCUUAUAAUGUCCAUCGUUUGAUUAUUGCCGGAGUGAUGAUUGCAAGCAAAUUGUUUUCUGAUGUCUUUUUUACAAAUACACGUUAUGCCAAGGUGGGUGGUCUUCCAGUAUCAGAAUUGAAUGUAUUAGAAGUGGAAUUCCUAGCUUUGAAUGAAUACAACCUUUUUGUUUCGGUAGAAGAAUUUCAGUAUUAUGGAGAUCAAUUAUUAAUCCAUUGGAAGAAGGAGCAUGAAGGAACAAGUAAUAUGAUGAAUGGUGAUCAAUGGAAUGACAACACUAAUGUAUCAAACAAUAAUGAUAUGAUGGAUACACAGAUGACAUCAACAAAUCAUGAAUACGCACAGAUCAAUCGAGCAGCACGACAGCUUUCUAUAGACAAAACAUCUCGACAAGACAUACCAGAAAAACAUAGUGAUACCAUACAUACAACACCAAUGAAGGACCUGAAUCGGAAAUCAGAUGAAAUCGAUCGACAUCGUCUCUUCAAAAGACCAAGUUCUCGGGCCAUUGGUAAUACGCAUGCCUCUUCUAGUUUUACUCACAAUGACAAUGCAUCCUCUUUUAUCGACAAACCAUGUCUUCCAACUCCUCCUGGUGCUUCUCCUUCAACAACUCCUUCAACAAGAUAACUACAUGGAUUUGCAAUACAUGGAUUCGCGCGAAUAGGAUCAAGACUGUCACAACAGAAAAUGCUAACAACUAAUGAUGGAUUCUUCUUUGUCAGAUACACCUCUCCCUUUGAUUUCCCUCCCUCUCUUUUUUUUUAUUUUUUUUAUUCACGUCAUUAUUAGUACUUAUUAGAAUAUUACCUAUCAUUGUGCAUAAUCUUGUAUAUUUAUUAGUUUAGCAAAAGAAAAUAGUCAAGUUCUUGUGAUCUUUUUCCAUUAUAUCAUCAUCACUUUGUCACUUUACCUUUUAUUUUUUUUGUGCAUCAUCCAUUUUUGAUUACCCACUUUCUCAGUUUUCUUUUUUCUUAGUAUAUUUAUCAAACAACUAUCUGAUAUCAUUAUCAUCUUCAUCAUCAUCCUUUAUUUUACUCAUCCAAUAAAGAAAUUACCAAAUAUGAUUAUCAUUUA